AUGUCUGAUACUAUUGAACUAACAGCAGUACGACCCGACGUCGGUGUUUCAUAUGUUGGUACUGCUGUGAGGGGUGAAGCACCGCUAAUAGAUCCAGGUAACCAUCCAGCAGAACAUUUCAAGUCGAGGAUGUCUCCCACGAGGUUCAAAGUUAGGCAGUAUUUAUCUAGAUUCACUGAUACUCAGUCUGAGAAAUUGGCAGAGUGGCAGCGCAAACAUAGCAGCCCUUUCAGAGACGUUUUUUUUCCAUACACAGCAUUACUAGGAUCUCAUAUGUUUUACGUGCUCUGUCUACCGCUUCCAGCUUGGUUUGGUUACUACGAGUUAACUAGAGACUUAGUAUAUAUCCUAGGUUAUUCCAUCUACGUGAGUGGCUUCUUAAAAGACUAUUGUUGUUUACCAAGGCCGAGGGCACCACCUGUCAAGAGGGUAAGUUUGAGUGCAUAUACGACUAAAGAAUAUGGAGCACCCAGUUCCCAUUCUGCCAAUGCUGCAGGUGCUACAUUAUAUUUCCUAUGGCAAAUUUCCAUUACUGAUUCGAUCUCAUUAGAAUCCAAAAUAGGUCUAUCGUUGGUGAUCUUCACUUAUUACUGGACUCUUGUUCUGGGAAGAAUUUACUGUGGUAUGCAUGGCCUAUUGGAUUUGAUCAGUGGAACGCUUUGUGGUGCUGCUUGUUUUAUUGUUAGAAUGGGCUUAAAACAUUACUUUGCAGACUUCAAGAGUGGAGAGUAUUUCUGGUUCCCAUUUGUUAGUAUUGCCUGCGGACUUCUAUUGUUAUUCAAGCAUGUGAGACCCAUUGACGAAUGUCCAUGUUUCGGAGACAGUGUAGCAUUCAUUGGUGUGGCCAGUGGUUAUGAAAUUGGAGAUUGGUUCGUUCAAAAAUUCUUUUCCCACCGUGUAUGUGGAACCAUCGCUGCUGAUGGGUAUAAAGUGUUAUUAAGACCCUUAGUUGCAGUCCCUAUGAUUCUUAUUUGGAAAUCCGUAAUAAGUAAACCACUCGUGUACACUUUCCUCAUCAAAUUACUAGGAUUGCACGAUGAUAGACAGGAGAAGGCACAAUUACGUUCUCAAAUGAAGAAUGAUAAGGAAUGUCCAUUAUACAUUGGUGAGCCAAGUAUAGACAUCUUUGCAAGAUACAUUAUAUACGCCGGUAUCCCAUUCAUGGUCAUUGUAAUCUGUCCGAUGGCCUUCUCUCUAUUAAAUAUUCUAUGA